UUGGAACGUUGGGCGGAGAUUGUUAUUUCUGUGGAUGGAUAAAGCUAACACAGGAGGAGACAUUCUUCUGAAAAAGAAACACAAGAUUUGGACACAGACACGUGUCUUCCUGUGGAACAUAAACAUCAGCGGGCCAUGUGGACAGUUCCGCUUUUUCAGGACUGGCAUUGCAGCUGCUAUAUAUCUCAACCGAUCUAUUGUGACCAUACCAUUCCAUAACAACCACCUUUUUAAUGUCAGCAAAAAACGUAGCAUUGAUGAGACAUUUGACUUGACAAAACUACGAACAAUUGUGGAUUUAGCAACACCUGACGAGUUUCUGAGUGAGUGUGGCCGACACUUUAAACCAGAAAACGUGUUAUUGGGACCAUAUUUUGUAACAUUGGCUGAUUCAAUAACACUGAAAAGUUAUAGUACUGCUCGAUCGUUUUUUCAAAGAGUUAUGAAUAUCAACUUACCAGAGUCAGAUGAUGUCGUGAAAUAUCAAGACAACCUAGCUAAAAACCGGGCAAAUUCCAGUCCAGUUGAAGUUUCUAGCAAAGUCAGAUGUAUCAUAUACUUAGCACAGUCGAAAUUUGGAGACAAAUUUGAACAAGCAAAGUGUGAUCGCAAAAUUGCCGGUUCUUUUGCUAGAGCACCGUAUGUACGCCAUGCCGCGGAUAUUGCAGUCCAACAGAUUUCUGAUGGGUCACCGUAUGCAGUAAUUCACUGGCGAAAUAAAUCGGGUGAGAUUUGUUUGAAUCCUUCUUCACACCUAUGCAAUGGUUCAAAGUGGCAAGACGAUUUAAAGAUCACGAAUAAGUAUAGUGACGUCAUUGCAGAGGCCAUUAAGAAAAGUUUGAAAGACCAGAACAUCACUAUUCUAUAUGUAGCAGCGCCCCCAUACCCUCAUAAAAUGCUUUUGCAUUUGAAGAAAAAAGUUCCAAAUAUGAAGACAGAAAACGAUAUAACCUUGCCAGGAGAGAUGAAUAAAUUAAAAGAAGAUAAUUAUGUGUGGUCAUUAAUAGAACAGGAGAUAGCAGAAA